AGAAGAUAAAUAAAGUCAAACUUAAGCGAAAGGGUGCAAAAGCUGCGUGUGCGCCAAAUCAAUUUACGGCGCACAAACGUAACGUGAAAAUCGAUUUCAGUUUCGCCUGCUCCGCUAACAGCUGCCAUUCUGUUCGGUUCACAUUUCAAUUAAUGUACAAUUAAUUUUGUAGAACAAGUGCAACAAAAUGCAACGCUGGAGAAGCUCGCUUUGGCUUUCGCUGACAGUUUCUGCAUUGAUUGCAGUUUGCAGUGGAGCGGACACGGAUAUAACACUCGAUGCCAAAGCGACGCUAAAUCAUCGCAUUCAGAGUCUCGAUUUGUUGGUCUUCGUAUUCCUGUUGGCCCUCACAGUUUUGACCAUUUGGCUGUUCAAACAUCAUCGCGUCUCUUGGCUCCAUGAGACCGGAUUGGCUGUUAUUUAUGGUUUAAUUGUUGGUGCCAUUAUACGAUAUGCGGGCACAAACACCACUCUGGUGCACAUGCAGGUGGAGACGCAGGGAACACCCACAUAUAGUGACAAAUUGCCACCGGACACAUUGUGGUUUAAGUAUCCGGUUAAUCAGACAAAUACCACUAAGCAGCCCGAGGACGUUAAGACAUAUGCGUAUGUGUUUCGUGGCCAGGUUUAUGAUAUCGAUGAGAAUGAAAUUGAUUUGAAGGCCACAUUCGAUCCGGAGGUCUUCUUCAACAUUAUAUUGCCGCCAAUUAUAUUCUAUGCUGGCUAUAGCCUAAAGAAGAAAUACUUCUUUCGCAAUUUGGGUGCCAUUUUGACGUUUGCCAUUGUGGGCACCACCUUAUCGGCGUUCCUAAUCGGUGGUCUGAUGUACGGCUGUGUGAAACUGAUGCCAAAAUACUUGAGCAGCAGUUACACAUUCCUGGACACGCUGUAUUUUGGGGCGCUGAUAUCGCCAACAGAUCCGCUCACCAUACUGGCCAUAUUCAAUGAUUUGCACGUCGAUGUUAAUCUCUAUGCGCUUGUGUUGGGCGAAUCUGUGCUGAACGAUGCCGUUGCCAUUGUGCUAAGCGGUGCCAUACAAAACUACGGCGAGCAUUAUUCAAACUCGGGCGAGUUUGAGUCGACGGCAUUUUUGCGUUCGCUCAGCGACUUUGUAAGCAUUUUCUUCUUGUCGCUGCUAAUUGGCGCCGUCAUGGGCUGUUUUACAGCAUUGUUGACCAAGUUUACGCGCGUGCGUGAUUUUCCGCUGCUGGAAUCGGCGCUCUUUGUGCUGAUGAGCUACAGCACAUUUCUGCUGGCCGAGGCCACGGAGCUGACCGGCGUUGUGGCCGUAUUGUUUUGCGGCAUUUGUCAGGCCCAUUAUACGUAUAACAAUUUGUCGGAGGAUUCGCGACAGCGCACCAAACAGAUCUUUGAGCUGCUCAACUUUCUGGCCGAGAAUUUCAUAUUCUCUUACAUUGGCGUCUCGAUGUUCACAUUUCCCAAGCAUCAUUUCGAUGCUGGCUUUAUUAUAACCGCGUUUAUUUGUGCUGCUCUGGGACGUGCCGUUAAUGUGUAUCCUUUGUCCUGGCUGCUCAAUAUUAAACGCAAACCAAAAAUCUCAUCUAAUUUCCAGCACAUGCUAUUCUUUGCUGGUUUACGUGGCGCGAUGUCCUUCGCCUUGGCCAUUCGGAAUACGGUGUCCGAUGCGCGACAAACCAUGUUAACGGCCACAUCACUGAUUGUUAUCUUUACGGUCAUCAUUCAGGGGGGUGCGGCUAACUUUCUGCUCAACUGGUUGAAAAUACCCGUUGGCGUUGAUGAUGAGACUGAGCAAUUGAAUAAUUAUCAUGUCCACAGUUCUGAUGGCUACUUGCAGGACGUGGAAGGCGGUGGCGGCGGAGGAGGAGGAGGGGCUGUAGGAGUUAGCGGUCGUGGCAAGACACGUCUCGUUACUGGCGCCGACUCCAAUCUGGAUACGCCGCUGGAUGGCAAUGCGGCGACUGCAACGAGUGGACGACGACGCAACAGCCACGAGAAGGCGAUCCUAGCGCGCAUUUGGGGCAACUUUGAUACCAAAUAUAUGAAGCCAUUGCUGACGCACUCGAGGCCCACUUUGCUGGAGACAUUGCCAGUAUGCUGUAAUCCUAUUGCACGACUGCUGACAACCACACAGCAGCUGACGCAGGAUGGCAGCGAGUUUAGGCGAGUUGAUUCCGAUUCGGAUAUUUGCAUUGACAACGAUACGGGCAAUGGGAUCAGUCAGGAUGGUCUAGUUGGUGGCGGGCGUCGCAAUUCGAUAAAUCGCGUUACGUGCGAAGAUGGGAAUGUUCAUAUUUAAGUUGAUUUGUUGCCAGCUACACAAUUAUGCAAUUGGUCUCAUUUGAAAUGCAAAUUUGAUGCGUACAAAUUAGUUUAUUUUUAAUUUGGAAUCCUGUUUAAUUUUUAAGACUUUGUGAUUUGAAUUCUAGUUAUAUGAGUUAGUUACAAUGAUUAUUUGUUUUCUUGUUGUUGAAUAUUGAAAAUAUGGAUUAUUACGUUCAAGGAAUAUAACGUUCAAUUGAAAAGUUGGUAUAUUAUUUGAGUUUUUAAACUGUUAUUAUUGUUUUAGUCAAUAAAAGGACAUAUAAACAUAAUUUUUACAUUAACUGAAAUUAACUUGGAAGCCCAAUGUGAAAAUUUGUAUGAUGUUAUAAAAAUAUUAAAAAAUACUCAUAGCUUUAUUAUAUUCCCUCUCUUUUUAUUUAAAACCGCUGCAACAUUUUAUUGAAACUGAAAUUGCAAAUUAUAUGUACACAAUCUAAAAUAUAUAAAACUAUUCUUCAAAAUCGUACCAAAACACAAAUGUUUAGAUGGAAAUCCUGGAGCAUGUUCAAAGUCCGGUAUCAACGAGAAUCAGGCUAUUAGGAUUUUAUGGCAAAAAGUUAUAGAAGAUAUACAAAUAAAUAAUCGUUUAUUUUUUACAAUAGAUUUGUAUUUCGAAAUACAUAAACAAACAAAAAAAAAAGGAAAUUAAAUAGAAUGCUUUCAAAUUUGCGGAACAAUAAUUAGUGUAAAUACAAAUAUUUAUAUAUAGUUUAAACUGCAUUAGAUAUGUAUUUGUGUUUUGAAAUUAUACAAACUUGCAAACCUACAAACACACUUUGUACAUGUAAAUUAAAUAUAAUAUGUAAAACGCGGUGUUUGCACGGUAAAAAAUA